CAACUAUGGCGGAAGAAGGCGGAACUGAUGGUCCAAGUGGAUCUUCUGGUGAUAAAUUAAAUGCUCUUUCUUUUGAUAUUGAUGAGCUUGAUGACUCUGAAUUCGACAUUCCAAAAGUGGACAAUGUUCCAACAUUAGAGAGUAUCUUGAAUGAGGCAGAUGAUGAUGUUGUCAUCCUUGAGGAAGAUGAGGUUUCCACACCUGGAGCGUCACGGUCAGGGAUUCAGCUGCUUCAGACGGGCGAGUCCGGAGAAACUUCUUCUUUAUCAAGUCAGGACAGCCAUGACUCCAGGAGAAAAGACAGAGCAAAGAAAGUUAUUCCCACUGUGCAUGGAUCAGUUCUCAGACCUAGCAAGCUGAAGAGUGUCUCAGCUCAACUCCUGUCUGCUGCUGAUAGAGUUGAUGCAGGAAUGCCCACAGCUAUUGUUGUUUCUUCAUUGAUUGCCAUUGGUACAUCACAUGGGCUGGUGCUUGUCUUUGAUCCCAAGCAAGUCCUGAAGUGGUGUCUGGGCAGCACUGCAGUGGGCGCCCAAUACGGUUCUGUGUCUGCCCUCAGUUUCAACAGAGACUGCUCACGUCUGCUGUGUGGAUUUGCCAGAGGACAGCUGACCAUGUGGGACCUUACAUCAGGAAAACUUCUACGCACAAUCGUUGAUGCUCAUCCACCUGGCACAGCCAUCUUGCAUGUCAAGUUCACAGACAGUUUUGUCCUGGCUGUAUGCAGUGACAGUGGUGGCUCAGUGUUUGAGCUGGAGUUCAAACGACUGAUUGGAGUCCGGACGUGUGAGUCACAGUGUCUGUUUUCUGGCAGUCGAGGUGAAGUGUGCGCCAUAGAGCCCCUACACAUGAACUACACAAUCAAGGACCAUCCUAUGCAGGAUGUCAUGGUGCUAGCCAUGGCAUCGUUCUCUAAGGUGCUACUGGUCACACUCCGCCCCCACCUGAAGGUCAUGUUCACACACCCACUCAAGGGUGACCCAUCGACCUUGCCCUUGCUUGCCUGGCAGUUUGUGGUCAUACAGGUGUCGGAGAAGGACAGAGUUAUAGACCCUGUACUCUCCUUUGCCAGAGAUAAAACCAUUUAUUUUUUCCAAGUGAUGUGUAAUGGGCCCCAUGAUAUCCAGACAGCUGGUUUACAAAAGUUGGAACGGAAUUAUCAACUACUCAGUAUCACGUGGAUGAACGCCAGAACUCUGGUGUGUCUUGAUAGAUCUGAAAAAAUGCACGUCAUUGACGUACGCUCGGAGGAGGAACUGGAGGUGAUUGAUGUGUCCUCCAUCCAACUGGUCUAUGGGACCAGUUACUUCAAAUCACUGGCCACUGGAGGCAAUGUCAGCCAAGCCUUGGCAUUUGCUGGUGACCAGGCCUGCUACCAGUCAGUGGUCAGCCACAGUGGUCAGCUGUUUCUGCUGGGGACCAAGUCUGUACACAUGUUCUCUAUACGAACAUGGAGGGAGAGAAUUACAGUCCUGGUGAAGGAAAACAAGUACCAGGAUGCUCUGGCCUUGACCCUCUCCUUCUACAACGGCACAGCUAAGGCAGUGAUAGGCCUCACUGGACCCCAGAGCAAAAAGAGAGAGAUUGUUGCAGCUGUUCUGGUUCAAGUACUGAUGGAGUAUGUUGACAUUGCUAUCACCAAAACUCCCAAAAAUGGAAAAAUUGAGGAAUUGGAGGAUUAUUAUCAGGAAAUUGUUCCUGUCUGUGUGGACUACUGCCUUCACCUCAAUAAUUUAGAGCUGCUGUUUGACCGGAUCUACGAGCGCUUCUCCUGCGAUGUUAUCGCUAAAGGAACUUUCCUGGAGUGUCUGGAACCCUACAUGCAGUCUGACCGUCUGACCUACAUCCCUCCUGCGGUCAUGAAAGACUUUGUUGACCACUACGAGAUGAGAGGGCUGCUGGACAGUGUGGAGUCUUGUAUUGUCCAUCUGGACAUCACUAGCUUGGACAUUCACCAGGUUGUGAACCUGUGCUGGGGCCACGGCCUGUACGACGCCAUCAUCUAUGUCUUCAACAAGGGCAUGAGUGACUACACCAGUCCACUGGAGCAGCUUCUUGUCCAGCUGGGCUCAGCUCUGGCCACAGGCAAACAGUUGACUGAUGUGCACAUCAAACUGGGCAACAAAUUGCUGGUUUAUAUCAGCUGUUGCUUAGCUGGCAGGGCCUACCCACUGGGUGACAUACCUGAAGACCAGGUGUCUGUCGUCAAGGACCAGGUUUUUCGUUGUCUGACCUGUUUACAUACUAAUCAACCAGCGGAAGAUGAGCAGGUGUAUCCUUACCUGCGGACUUUGCUCAAGUUUGAUACCAGGGAGUUUCUCAAUGUUUUAGCUUUGGCCUUUGAGGAGCCAGAGUUUAACAGCCAUGAAGGUAUACAGAAGCGACAAAGAGUUGUUGACAUCCUUCUUCAGAUCAUGGUGGAGAGUGUGGGUUUUACUCCCACACAAAUUGGAAUCCUCUUCACAUUUUUAGCUCGGCAAAAAGCCAGACACGAGGACACCAUCCAGGUGAAGCGGGUUCUGUUUGACCAGGUGCUGGAGUUUCUGGCCAACCCUGAGGAUGAGUCCCGCCAUGAAGAAAGGCAACAAGCGCUGAUGGAGCUGCUUCAGGCUGGAGGGUUGUCAGAUUUUAACGAGGGACGUCUGCUCAGUCUGGCACACACUGCCAAGUUUUACCGUGUCUGUGAGUACCUGUAUGAAAAAAGACGAAGUUUUGACAGGAUAUUGAUCUGUUACCUGAAGGAUCCAGCACGCAGGUACCAUGUGUUCAGCUACAUCAACAGCAUCAUGCAGAGCCCUACCUGCACCGAAGCAGAGAAAAACACAUUACAAGAAGAGGCCUUGAAAAAUUUAGAGGACUUAGUGAGCAUAGACUGCAAGCAGGCGGCAUUCAUCGUCAUCUCCUGUCUACACAGUGGACUGGUGGACAUUGUCAGGAGGCUGAGCUCUAACAAGUCUCUCUUGUUUGAGUUUCUUCAAGGUGUCAUCUCGUACAGAGACACCCAAGGGAGUGCACUCAAGCCAGAGAAGCAGAUGGUCAUAGAGCCGCAGGUGCUGGAGCUGUACAUUGACCUGCUGUGUACCAACAGGCCGCAGGACGUCUGCACCUUCAUCAAGCAGAACGAGGGCUACCGUCUGGAGGAAACUCUUGAGAUUGUUCGUAAGCAUCGAGCAUGGGAAGCAACUGCGUAUUUACUAGAGAAAGCUGGGGAUAUUCAAGGAGCAUUUCAAAUUUUGUUGGAGAAUCUUCAAAACCAUCUGAAGACUUUAAUUACUGACCUACAAGCUCCAACUUUUGAUUUAUCUGCCAUCCAAGUUUUGUUCUCUAAAGCUGAGCUCAGACUCUACAUCAUCGUCCAGUUAUGUCAGAGGAACUCAGCUAAAAUAGAUGAGGCUGCAAGGGAGGCAUUAUGGUUUCCUUUGCUUGAAGCCAUUGUUUCACCACAAAGGAAGUUGAAAAAUUCUGUAGAAAAAGAUAUAAUGGAAAAGUUCAAGGAAAUGACUCACCAUGUUCUAAACAGCAUGAUGGGAUACAUCUCCCCACCUGCCAUUUUACAAAAGAUCAUGCAGGAUCCUGCCUACAAUACAGGGAAGUUUGGGGAAGUCAAGGAACUGAUCAUUGGCAUGCUAGAGAACUACAACUAUGAGGAGACUCUGAUGGAGACAUGUAAAAACCUGCUGUACCACGACCUCCACGUCCACUUGCGCAGCCUGACACAGACAGCCACGCGUGGAUUUGUUCCCAGAGAGAACUCCUGCAACCUGUGCAAUCAAACGUUCACAGAUUCAACAACUGGGGAUACAGUGCUGGUCUUUAGAUGUGGUCAUGUGUACCACACCCCCUGCCUGCGUGCUGUGGGAUCCAUCCAUGUGCUGGAUGGGGAGGAGGUGUGGGUGUGUUAUCAGUGCAGCAACACACGACGCACGCGCAACAUAACCAGCUCCAGGUUUCACAGGUCCUUGUCUAACCCUAACCAAAACCUGAAGGCUGGGAGGAGGGAGAAGAAAGAACACACAGAGUUGAUUCUAGACCCACAUCACUUGCAGGCAUUUGAAACAAUCAGGAAGUCAAUGAAGACACCAUCUCGUCUGGCUAUACUCACAGAACUUGGGAAACCAGAAAAUCCCCGCGGCCACCACUCCAGCGCCGGUGUGUUCCAGCAUGAAAACUUUGAGCUGAAAGUGGCAGCGCCAAGUCCUAUAAGCCUCGGCUAAAUAGUUCAUUAUAUAACAGUAAAACUACUUUACCAAUGUCUAUCAAAACUUAUUGAACAAAAACUCAUGAAAUUCAGCAUCAGGCUGAAAAAUUAUCAGAGAUCAUUUAUGUAAGCUUAAAGUAGCUUUGUAAAUACAUACAGCAGUAUUUCUUUUACUUACAUGUAAUUGUGAAUGAAAGUGUUUUGGGAUGCUUCUGACGUAUCAAUGCCUCAUUCUUUGUGACAACCACAUUU